AUGAGACAAAGGCGUUGGCUUGAACUCAUCAAUGAUUAUGAUCUCGACAUUGUCUACCACGAAGGCAAAGCCAACAAAGUCGCAGAUGCUCUAAGCAGGAAGAGUAGUCAUACCUUGCAAGUAUUGAUCUUAGCCGACGAGUUAUGCAAGGACUUCCAUAAGUUAAACUUAGAGGUGGUUGAACAUGGUUAUGUAGAAGCUAGAUUAAAUGUAGUCUAUGUCGAGCCUAACCUCUUCAAAGAAAUUCAAACAAAGCAGAGCACAGAUGAUUGGUUGAUUAAGUUGAGGAAGAUGAAAGAGGAGGGUCAAGCACCUGAAUUUGAGGUCAAUGCUAAAGGAAUAGCAAAGUACAAGGGAAGAUGGUGUGUUCCUAAUAAUGAAACCCUAAAGGACAAAAUCUUGAAAGAGGCUCAUAAUUCCCAUUACUCUAUACACCAUGGCGGAGACAAACUCUAUAAAGACCUCAAACAACACUUUUGGUGGCCCAGAAUGAAGCGAGAAGUGGCGGAAUUCGUAGCCAAAUGCUUAAACUUGCCAAAAGGUUAA